GACGUUAUCCUAUCAACUGUAACAGUGUAACCUGUAGCCUUUGUUACUUUCUGUCAUACUGAUAAAAGAUUAGAUCACAUUAAUAAAGUAAGGCUGAAUAAACUCGUGUGAUAUUUCAUUUCACGAUGUCUUUAUCAAGUAGUUCAUAUUUUUUCAUUUCGAUGCGAAAUGUAUUUCUUGUUAAUUACUUAAGGAUUGAUUAAUUUAAAAUCUGUGAAAAUGGGCGAUUAUCAAAGACUGCUCACUGAUGCAGACGCCGAUGUUCAACAUAAUACCCUGGACAACAGUAGACAGAACGUAUAUUAUGUGAAACCAUUGUACAAUUGUCACAAAAUCACUUUCGCUUCUUCAAUUUUAUUUUUUAUACUUGUCUUUUUAUUUAUAUGGGUUGUACCAUGUAACGUUUACCCUUGUGUGAAGAAGGAUACGGACAUAACUUGGGAUAAAACACUUAACGGAUUAGAGUUGAAGGGAAGGAUGCAUCUAGUCGGUGGAAAUCUUAUUGCUAUACUUAGAGGUGCCAAGUGGGGUAAGACUCAGGGUAAUAGGUUUCCCCCGCCGCAAGGAGGUGGUGUUAUCGCUCUUUUAGGCAAAACUGGUGAAGAGUUAUAUUGGCUCCCACUCACUGCAUUACCACGUUAUAUCGACUGUUCGGUGCUAGAUCUUGUAGUGAAUGGUGUUAAAGCUUGCCUUGUAGUCGGAGAAGGAGGCUACAUCGCUGCUUUAAAUCCAAUAACAGGUCUAGUAGAAUGGAAAGUAGUUGCCAACAAAAAGGAUCAUCUUCCUCAGCCUCAUGAUGUAGAUGUACCACUUCUUAUACCCGACAUCGACGGUGACGGUUUAAGAGACCUUGUCACUUUGUCAAGAUACACCAGUGGGCAUCACCGAUUGAUUUUCAUAUCUGCUAAAACUGGGAAUGUUAUUAAACAUCCCUCACUCAAACCCGAAUGCAGUCUAGUCAGCGAUUUGACUUACGAUUUUAGAAGUUCAACACUUUUUUAUACAUGUUCUAAUAAAAUAACUUCUAAAAUUGAGUCUUACAAGUUGUCUGAUAUAAAAUCAACAUAUUUGAAUUCUCUGGGACAAGUUUUGAUUCCAGAUGAAGAAAGAAAGAGGUUCGAGGAGAGAAAUAAUUUUGCGGGUGAGCACAAGGUCAUCGUUAGCAACAACGGAACAUGUCCCCAUGAUUGUUAUGUUUCUGUAAAUGUAACUGACAGCAACAACAAAACCAUUUGGUAUUACCACAGUGACAGGACUUAUAUUAUGUAUCCGGUUCCUCUCCAUUUCAAACAUUCUAUCACUGGCUUUCUCCUCAAGCUAUGGAAAUGGAACACACCAUCUGAAAAGCAGCAUAGUUCAUAUGAUGGGGUAACAGUUGAACUUAUAAAGGAGAGAAUUGUUUUAAUAACAUUCAAUAAAUCAGGAAUCAUGCAUGUUGUCAAUGCCAGUCAGAUUGAUAUUAUUCAAUUAUGUUACGACAAUGAAUGUCAGCCUCAUCUGUCGUUCCAGACGCAAUCAGCCCUCAUCGCCGAUUUAAGUGGGGAUGGAACUCAGGAUCUUGUUUCAUAUUUUGUUACUUAUAAACCCUCGACUGAAGAUCCUCUUUCUGCUGUGAAUGAGGAUUCCAUCAAAGACUGGGUGCUGGAAAGCAGGGUGAAAGUUGUCAGAUUAGAAGCUGAACUACCAAAGCUUUACGAAGCUGUUUCUACAUAUUAAACAUUAGUUAUUUAAAGUAUCCCAAAAAAAAUUACCUUGCAUUAGCAUUGUGCAUUAAUUUUUAGAUGUAGUAGCCUUUAUUUUUUACGUUUGGGUGUAUAAAUAUACUAACUUUUAUUAUCGUUUAUGACACUGAUCUUAUCAGGGUAGAGUAUCUUACUGUUAACUGAAAAUAUUAUUACUUAAAUAAUUUUGUGAUUUGACUUCCAGUUAUGUAUGUACAAUGUAUAUUUUUUAAUUUGAGAAAUUCAGUGGUCAAGAUUUUGGUAAAACCUCUUUAGAAGGUAUAAGCUGUUGCAGUUUCAUGUUAUUUUUUAUAUUUAUUUUAAAUUAUAUUAUUAUUACAUGUA